UAUCAUCGGACGGUCGUUGUUGAAUUGACCAACGUGGUACCUCCACCAUUUCUGUCACUCGUUGAGAGUUUUUGCUCGCGGCAGGAGCACAGAGGAGAGAAGUUCGAGGAUAUACGAAUAAUAAAAUUAGAGACAAUCGAGUAAUCGAGAGGGCGCAGUGCGGUUCAAUGCUGCCUGGUGUCGGCGUGGCUCCUGCAUUUUCCGCCGUCCGAACGUCGUUGCCCGUGUAAUAGUAUAUUUCAAUCGUUACGUCUCGUCGUCGUGCUUAUCAACGAGGGAAGGAAGAACGAAGGAAAGAAGAUGAGCAAGACGUGCGCUCGUUGUGAGAAAACGGUUUAUCCGAUCGAGGAGCUCAAGUGUCUCGAUAAGAUAUGGCAUAAGCAGUGCUUCAAGUGUCAGGGCUGCGGUAUGACCUUGAACAUGCGAACUUACAAAGGCUUCAACAAACAGCCAUACUGCGAGGCACACAUACCAAAAGCAAAGGCAACGACGAUGGCGGAAACACCAGAAUUAAAACGCAUCGCGGAGAAUACAAAAAUUCAAAGCAACGUUAAGUAUCACGCAGAGUUCGAAAAGGCAAAGGGAAAGUUCACGCAAGUUGCGGAUGAUCCAGAGACGCUGAGAAUCAAGCAGAACAGCAAGAUAAUUUCAAACGUUGCUUACCAUGGUGAACUUCAGAAGAAGGCGAUUAUGGAACAGAAAAGGACCAUGACCGGAGAAAAUGGCGAACAAAUCGAGUACGUAGAGUACACGGACGGUACAAUCGCACCUGCCUCGAGCAGUUACCUAAAUGCGAAUCCACCAGUUGCGAGAACGGCAAACUCGCCUGUACAAAGGACACCAGGUAGGAUCGCUGAUUACGAUCCCCUUAGCGAGGCAAGGCCGAGUCCUUAUUCCGCCAGGCAAGCCGCGACCACGGUCAUUUAUACCAGUGACAAAGGUCCAGUGACGAAUCCACCUACACGAAAAAUUGGCUCCGUUGCGGAUAUCGACCCGGUGAACGACUAUUACGGAUCGCUCACGCCUGCGACGAAUAACAAUCACGUGAUACAGCAUCAGCAACCACCACCACCACCGCCACCUACCAACGUCGGAAGAGUCUACAGAGCGAUGUACGAUUACGAGGCACAAGAUUUGGACGAAGUAAGCUUCUGUGACGGUGACCUGAUUGUUAACUGUACAGCCAUCGACGAAGGAUGGAUGACCGGUUUGGUACAACGUACAGGUCGGCACGGUAUGCUGCCAGCGAACUAUGUCGAGCCGGCGCAAAUCUAAGGACCAUUUAAAUAUUUCAACGAUGGAUCUUCUUAGGCUAGCUGCCAUUUAAACCUCUCGUUUGUUUGUUGGUCAACGUGCUUGGAUUGAAACGUUUCGCGAUUGAAGGAAACGCUAGAGUACACUGAUGGUGUGCGUGCGUGUGUGAGAGAGAAAGAGAGGGAGGGAGAGGGAGAGAGGGGGAGAGAGAGAGAGAGAGAAUAUUCUUUUUAUUUGCGAGAGAGAUCGUCCGUUUAUGUCCCACUCUUUAUGUACAAUGCUCUCCUUGCCGUGUUAGAAAAGAUAAACAAAAUGUCGAACAGGACACCUUAGAGACGUGUGUAUAUCCUGUUCGAGAGAUUGUUUCCUUUCUUUCUUUCUUUUUUUUUUUCCUCUUUUUUUUUAUUUUCUAUUUUUAACUAUUAUUUCCUUUUUUUUCUUUUUCUUUUUUCUUUUUUCUUCUUUUUUUCUUUUUGUAAUACGAAGAACAAGAAACGAGAUAAUCCUAUUGUCAACGAAUACGAUGAGAAAAAACGCUUCGUUCGUUUUAGUUUUGUUGACGUCGGUCAUUCUCGUCGUAGCAUUCAGACGUCCUGCUCCUUCUUCGUCUUACCAUAAUGCAUCUUUCGUUUCUUUUCUUUUUUCUUCUUUUUUUUUUUUUUUUUUUUUAAUUUGUCUUUUUUUUCUUUCUCUUUUUUUACCAUACCGUUUUUGCACUUUUAAUGUAUCAAAUGUUAUCAAUAUAUACAUACAUACAUACAUACAUACAUAUAUAUAUAUAUAUAUAUACAUACAUAUAUAUAUGUAUAUAUAGACCUCUAAAAUAAUAAUAUUUUAUAUAUAUAUAUAUGAAAAAUGAGAUAUAGUAGCGAUAUAUAAUUACGAGUUGGGGACCAAGCAUUUUGUAAUGAAUUACAUAUAUACAUGCGAACGAACAAAGGAGUAUGCUUGAAUUGGAUAAAAUUUUUUUUUUGUUUCUUUUUCUUUCUUUCUUUUCGUAAUAUUCUUAAUCGAAAUGACGAUACUCCUUAUCUUCGUUCGCUUGAUGCUGGCGCAAAUGCGAUUUUUUACACGAUUCAAUUCUUUAUCUUCCAAAAUGUCUUCCUUCUCUUGAAUAAUAAUUCAAGAAUGACCAAUCAAGAAUUCGAAACGUUGCCUUUCGUCGAUGAGAUACAUCACCGUUAUUAUACACAUUCCUUGAUCGUUGAAAGAUUCUAAUGAUUUUUUUUUUUCUUUUUUUUUUUUUCUUUUUAUGGAAAUGAAGAGAUCAGUAGUGCAUUUAAUAUGCGGGGAUUCAAAAGUUCCCACUAAGGGCUUUUUAUGAGGUCAAAAAUAUCUCAGCGAUGUUAAAUAUCAAUUAUUUCUUUUUUUUUCUACUUCAAGAUCCUUAAAAAAAAAAAAAAAAAAAAAAAAAAAAAAAAAAAAAAAAAAAAAAAGGGCUCUAAUUAUUCUAUUAAAUUUGUAAAACUACGAGCCUGUUGUUCAAAUUAAAGGUCUAAUGAUUCCAAGAAAAGAAAGUAAAUUGCAUUUUAAAUAUC